CGCCAACAUGGUUUGCAAAACCAAGGCCGGCGCGACGGCAACCUACUGAGCGACCUGCAUCCUCCCGUCUCCCCGUCCGGAAGGGAGGCCUACGAAAACACCCGCGACUCAGCGAGCGUUACACGCACAAAAUGGCUGCACCGGUGAAAUUGAGAACCCAAUCGGGCGACAUGCGUCACGUCUCAAGGCUGUCAGGCGAGUCGUUGACACUCCCGCGACUACCGCACUUGACAUCUCGGCGACUGCAACUGCCGCUAAUUUUUUGGCAUUGACCUUUUGACUGACCUUAAUGAGGCAGGUCUAUUGGUCAGUCGUAAGAGUUACGGAUGUUUGGGCGUCAACGUCCAAUGAAACAGGAGACAACCAAAGAGACUCUCGACUCCACUUCGAUCUUUCCCUGAUCUACACACCAAGGUCAGACGCUGCACGUCGCAUUCGAUGCCUGUGUAGUCAACAACAUCCGGCCGUUACGGAAUCAGACAAUGCAACAAAACUUACCUCAGCGCUGGGUGGGAGAUGUGUUGGGUUUUGCGGAGGGACAGGAUGUGCCAAAAUGUCUGCUUUGAGGCACAAGCACCGGCGGAGAGGGGCACAGCACCCUCAAUCUGUUUCAGAGGAGUGUAGGGGAAACACGGCAUUGGAAACGGUGCAGUCUGAGGUUGCUGUUGCUUUUAUGAUGCCCUCGGAAAUAGAGGGACUGCUGUUGUGGAUCGUGCGACGACGGCUGUUAUCAUAUAGUUGUGAUUGGCCCCGAGGCGAGAUGAGAGUCAGACGGAUGAGGAGUGACACCAAAGAUGUCACCCAUCCACAUAGGAUGCAUGCUGGCUUCAUCGACCUCGCUUUUGUUCUACCGAGGCCCCUAGCUCACCGAUGUUGCAUAGCAGGGAGGCCUACGAGCUUACCGAUAUGCGCACGCUAA